CCAUAAUUGUAGAAGUUUUUUUUAAGGGUUUUCUAAUUGUCAAUUAGCCUUCUAAUGCAGUUAGCAAACACAAUGUACCAUAAGAACACUGUAGUGAUGGUUGUUAGAAUGAGGCCAGUAUACGCCUAUGUACAGUAGAUAUUAAUAUCUACUGGAAUAUCUACUGAAUAGCCAUUUACCACAUUAACAAUGUAUGGAGUGAAAAAAAAAGUUGUAUCUUUUUGCACACAUGGUGGCGGUAAUGCGUCUUUUUGCCAAAUCUCCAUCUAAGCCACCGGGAGAAGAAGAGCGGAAGCGGAAAAUGCAUAGGUUUCAAAGUCUUUGCUGUCAUUGUGGAUUCAGAUAUAAACGUUUCUUUAUAUUUCUUCAAUGUAGCGCCGCCCUGUCACUUUUCCCCCACUUUUUUCGACUUUCGCUGUAAAUGACGGUAUUUCAUGUCCGGUCGAUAUGAAGCCACCGCCUCGAUUUCGAGUGAAACCAGUUACAUGCGUGCUAAAAGAGAAAAAGGAAAACAAAUGGCAGUUAAGGGAGCAGAAGGAGCUAAUCGCGGCUCUGAAAAUACUGAAAAGCAGACAUGAGUCGACAACAGAAGACAUCGACUACGGGUUUAUUGCGGAGCGGUUGCCGAACCGCUCAGAGUCAGAGAUCCAGUCUUGCAUAGAGUCGCUGACGAAUAAAGUAAUCACGAUUGCAUCCACAACUGUAAAACAACAACAGGCGGGAAAAGAGACGGCCAAACAGCCCAUUGAAGGGUGGACAUGUCUUGCUUCUCAAAUUGCUGGGACCCUUGAGGAGUCCAUUUCUUCUGCUUUCUCUCGGAUGCUGACUGUAUCAUCUACAGAGCCUCUCACUCUAAAGAACAAUGUUCCUCUGCAGAUUAUAAACGAAGACACGGACCAGGACAACACAUGUUUGCCAGUCCCAGGCUCACCCUCUGGCACUAGCUAUACAGAUCCUCCCAUGUUGCACGAAUAUCCAUCACUCAAUUCACCAAUAGGAGAAGGGCAAAACGGCAGAAACUCUUUGGCUUCACAAGUGCCAUCCGCUGCAUCUCACCUGGAGGAUUCAGAAACAUGUACACCACAGUUUUUAAACCCAGUCUCCCCAGCCACCGACUCUGCCUUUGAGGUCGAGCCUCAAAGUAUUCACAUAACGCAGGAUGGUUCAAAACAACCAUCAGGCACCACCUCAGAUUUAAGUCCAUCAUCUAGUCCACAUGCAGCUGUGCCUUCCUCAGCCACCAUUGUCACUCCAUACUCCAACACAUCUCCAUCAUCAUCUGUUACGUCUUCAAGUUCAGCUCCGUUCAAUUCUUCCACCCAAGCUGUUCCCACAUCACCCACGCUCCAGCGUGCAUCUAAUAAAAGAGUCAACAGCAAAAGAAAAAAGGAUGUUUCCAAGACCUGCACGGACAAGAGGGCGGUAAACUUUGAGAACAUCUAUCGUUACCUGAGUGUUACUGACAAGCCAGAUGAAAAAUGUCAUCUCACACCCAUGGAGAGUGCCAUUGUCCUGAACCUGCUGAUGUCUCUCCAAGAGCAACUUUCUCUCCUGGACUACACUGCAUUCCACAAACAUCUUACACAGAUCACAAAGCUGUUUAAAAGCCUGAGGAAACGGGUCGACGCUCAAAGAGACAAAAAGAGCAGUGGAAGCAGCAUCACAACAGUCGACGAUGACAACAUCGUGGGAACCGAUGACAGCGCUGGAGCCACGGACGGUGGACACCAGCAUUUGACUGAUGGUCACUCGUCGGAAACGGAUGCAACAAGUGAUUCGGAUGAGGCAGACCUGCUCGAACUCUUCCCUCCUCUCAAUCCUUUCGUUGUGCCAGUCACACUAUUAAGGCGCAAGAAUCUAACUUCCGCAACGGCUUCAAGUCCUGAUUGAUCUGUCUGUGUAUUUAUUUUAAAUCUCUCUGAUAAUACUAUAUUUUUUUAAAAUUUAAAACGUUUUACAUAUUUUUUUUUACAUAUAAAUCUACAAAGCGCGCACUCAUGGGACUCUAAAGAGAGACCCUGUACAGUUGCAGGAUGUUUUAAUGUUUUUAAUGUCAUGUUUUAAUGCCGUACAUCAGUUGGUGGGCAAACGUUUUACAUGUUAUUGACAAAGGGAAAAAAAAUCUAACGAUUUGACUUCAAGUUGACCUAAAUUCCCUGACGGGGGUCCAUGGUUAGCGUCAACAUUUCGACAAGGAGGACACAUUUCUUUGAGACUUUUUGCCGUUCGUUAAGGCUCUUAAGCAUAAGACUCAGAGUCUCACGGUUUCGUCAGACUGUGUAGAGGACAAUAAAGAGUUCGACAGCACACUUCCCUUCUUGUUUUCGUGAUAUUCUAUACAGUGUUUCAAUAAAAUAGAGAAACAAUAAAGAAACACUUUCCUCAAACUCAUCAAAUGCCACCCUGGUCUUAUCAGAUUUAUGGCUGGAUUGUGCCAGAUCCAGCUCUGCACGGACACUCGUGGGCUAAAGAGAGACCCGGUACAGUUGCAGGGUGGGUUGCGUUAAGUAGGAUGUUUUUAAUGUAAUGUUUUAAUGCCCAAGAUCAGGUGUUGUCCAUGGCAAACUUUUAGACUUGUGGGCCGCAAUUGUCCUAAAAUUGAACAGGGGGGUCCGGGUCAGGAGCAGAUAGAUGGAGCGUUCUGAACUAAAAUAAAUGACAUGUAAAAGUCAUGCAUGAAGGUUAAAAUGCUGGAGAAAAUGUGAGCAUUGCAGAAAAAAGGCAGAAAUAUAAUCACAAUACAGUCCAAUUAUAUAAUUUGGACAGGUUUGGCGGGCUGAAUUACAAAGCUGAACGGGCCGCAUCUGGGCCCCGGGCCUUAGUUUGCCAAUGCCUGUCCUAGAUUAUGAUGUUACCACCGCCAUUACAACCACAUAAGUGCUUAUGUGCAGUAUGUCAAUUUUGACAUGGCACUACAGGAAUACAAUUUCCAAUGUAGAUUGAGGCCCCCUGUACACGUGACUCAUUUCAGAUACUAACAUUACGGGAUCCAGCCAAUUGGAACUUUGGAACUUUGCAAUAGUGGAUUAGUGGUUAAAGAAGCAGACUUGUGUCCGGAAGGUUUUCAGGUUCGAAUCCACAGGCUGCCAAGUUACCGCUGAGGUGCACUGAGCAUGGCAUGUCGUUUGAGCUGCCUGCCCCUGCUUACUUUGGUGAUGGGUUUAGUGCAGACUCCAAACUCCAAUAUAAAUCCCAGCCUGUCUGAGCGAGAACCAAUAAAUCACUCUUCAUCCCAGGUGUUCUGAGAACUCUAACUAAUUCGUCCAUCCAUUACAUGGUCGCGGGAGCAGCAGUCUCCAUGACCGCCACCCAAAUCACACUGCACCGUACCAACCC